AUGAUUCACCUGUCAUUUACUACGCCCUUCAUAGUAAUGCUAAAGGACAAAGAGGAAUGGAUAAAAAUAUUGGUGAGCAACUCAAUAAAGCAUAUGAAGCCUUUCGUCAGGCAUGCAUGGAUAGAGAUACUGCAGUGAAAGAAUUACAGCAAAAGACUGAGAACUAUGAGCAGAGAAUACGUGAGCAACAGGAACAGCUGUCACUUCAACAAACUAUUAUUGACAAGCUAAAAUCACAGUUACUGCUUAUGAAUUCCAGUCGAGACAGCAGUUAUGCCUGUGUUCCUCCACUUGAUGAUGGUGAAACCAGGGAAAAUAAUCUGACUCUUGACCAGCCACAUGACCAAGUCAAAUCAGGAAUACCAAAAGAAAAGCAAUCAAAGGUCAGAAGACAAGAUGUUUCUUCCCCUAAAAAAGAAACUUCAUCAAGGAGUCCUGGCAGUCCUUUAGCCCAUGAAAGGGAUAAUUUAGAGAAGACUUUUUGGGCUCUGAAAGAAGAAUUUCAUAGAAUAUGUAUGCUAGCAAAAGCACAAAAGGACCACUUAAGCAAACUUAAUAUACCAGACAUUGCAAUUGAAACACAGUGCUCUGUACCUAUACAAUGUACAGAUAAAACAGGUAAACAAGAAGCGCUGUUUAAGCCUCAGGCUAAAGAUGAUAUAAAUAGAGGUUCAUCGUGUAUUACAUCUGUCGCACCAAGAGGACUAGGUCGAGACGAGGAAGACACCUCUUUUGAAUCACUUUCCAAAUUCAAUGUCAAGUUUCCACCUAUGGACAGUGACUCAACUUUCUUACAUAGCGCCACAGAGAAACCCAGCAUCCUUGCCCCUGCCACAUCUGAGGCAGUGUGCCCAAACAAAUUUAAUAUGGAGCUCAGAGACAACCGAGGAAACAUCGUUAAAACAGAAGAAACUUUAUUUGAAAUUCAGGGACUUGAUCCCAUAGCUUCAGCUAUACAAAACCUUAAAACAACUGAC